UAACUUGAUCUUGAUUCAUUAUUAUUGAACGUAGUUUCUAAAAGUAAUUUUAAUUAAAGAACGCAAUAUAGUUAUUGUUACACGCGUAAAAAAUCGUUCCAAUGUUUUCUAUGUAAGUAAUCACGUAUGUUGGGUUGCGCAAAAUCUGUUGAAAUCUGAUCUGUAGCGUCCUAACCUCAACAUGUUGCAUGGAUGCAAAAGGUUCUGUGCAAGUGGCUUGAAGCUACCUGCACAGAUUAUGUCUUCGAGAUACGCUGGUACAUUGUCCAAGGCAGAAGCCAGGAGACGAAGGAGCCAGCUUUUCGACGAGGAGAAGCGGAGGCAACGAUCACAAUUGGGUAGAAUUGAGAAGAUAGAAGUGAAAUAUAAGUCGGCAGAAGAAGAGAUUGUAAUGGCAAUGAAUCGAAACAUUUCUACACCGUACGACUGUGCCAGGCAUAUUUCUGAAAGCGUCGCCAAGAUAUCAGCUAUUGCGUUGGUAGAUAAUCAAGUUUGGGACAUGCAUAGGCCAUUUACGGGUGAUUGCGAAUUGCAACUGAUUACCAUGCAAAGCCCACGGAUACGCAUGGUUAAUUACGCCUUCUGGCGAACUUGCUCAUUGAUUCUGGGUGCUGUAGCGGAUUCUGCAUUCAAGGACAAUAUAAAUUUGCACUUGCACAGUUUUCCUAUUCCAAAUAUCACCUCAGGUAGUUUCACUUACGACGUAUUUAUUGAUCUGCCGGACUGGCGGCCAACUAAUUCUGAAUUAUGUGCCAUGUCUGCACUCUUUGUCAAAUUGAAAAAUCGCGAAUUAUUACUGGAAAGGUUGGAAGUGCCGUCUAGUAUUGCGUUGGAUAUGUUUCAGGAUAAUCCUUUCAAGUCCCAGCAGAUACCCAAUAUUGCCAAAAACAGUGACAACGAUAUAAUAACGUUGUAUCGUAUAGGAGACCAUGUGGAUAUCAGCAAAGGUCCUAUGAUAGGCAAUAGCGGCCUAGUGGGACGCGUUACUGUUUCGGCAAUACACAGACUCACAGACGGAUCCACGGAUGGUCUAUAUCGCUUUCAAGGCAUUGCUUUACCUAAAGGUAUUUUACUCAAUCAUUUCGCCUACGGUAUCCUGGAAAAACGUGCUAAGAAAUUGAACAUCACCAUGUGGCAGCCUCAUCGAGUAGAGGAGGAAGCAGUCAGCAUAACAGCAUCCAUGAAUUAAAGACAUUUCAUUAUUUAAGAAAGUUUUCUUGUAAAUAAAUAUAUACAUCUUUCGGU